AUGUUGAGCAACAACGGCUACUACGAGCCCCACACAUACAGAAUGUCGCCUGCGCUACUACGUGCACGUCAGCCAUACUUUGUCAAGAACAUGAUUGGCCUUGCCAUUCUCAUUGCGGUUCCGGUUGGAAUUUACACCUACACGUACAACUUCUUGAACCAGGACGACUUUGACGACAUUCCUAUCCCGCCAUUAGACGAAGACACGAUCCACCAAUUGCAGAAGGAAUACGAGGAAGAAAAGAAAAGCGCUCUAUGA